AUGGAUAUAGCUGUGCGACGAUCGCCAACGAGACGUUGGCCUACUAGCGUCUUUGAGCUACUCGGAGCUGCUCCGAGAGCCUCAACUACCUACGCGUUUCUGCGCGUCAAUCACCAGUAUCGACGACAGAUCACCAUAGAUCAGCUAAACAACCAAAAGAAAGGACGUGAACGCGUGGUCAUUCUUGGAUCUGGCUGGGCUGGCUUCACGGUUGCUCGCAGGCUUGACCCCAAGAAAUUCCAGGCUGUGAUCGUAUCGCCACGUUCUUAUUUCGCUUUCACUCCUCUUCUGGCGUCGUGUAGCGUUGGCACGCUUGAAUUCCGAACCGCCCUCGAACCUGUCCGAAGUCGUCGCUUGAAGGCAGAUUUCUUACAGGGCUGGGCCGAAAAGCUAGAUCUAGUGGGAAAGAAAGUGACCAUCGAGGAGGCGGCGGAUGAUCCCAAGCAAGGUCUCGGUCCUACUGAGCGAACCAUCGACACAGGUAGAGACCCCGGCCAGCUGAGAAGGGAAGGCAAACUCUUUGACCUUGCGUAUGACAAGCUUGUAAUUGCCGUGGGCUGCUACAGCCAAACCUUUGGCACACCAGGUGUCAAAGAGAAUGCUUACUUUUUGAAGGAUGUUGGGGAUGCCAGGAAGAUCAGAAAGAGGUUGCUUGACUGCUUUGAGACUGCAGCUUUGCCCACGACUAGCGAGAAGAUGCGGAAAAUCCUCUUAAAUUUUGCAGUGGUCGGUGGGGGGCCAACCGGCAUUGAGUUCUCGGCAGAGCUUCAUGAUUUGGUCACGGAAGAUAUGGCCAGGCUGUAUCCUGAUCUUAUCAAGUACUUCAGGAUAACUGUGUAUGAUCUCGCGCCAAAGGUCCUUGCCAUGUUCGACGAAAGUCUGGCAAAGUAUGCCAUGGAACAUUUCAAGCGCGAGGGUAUUCACAUUAGAACAUCUCAUCAUGUGCAAGAAUUGCGUGUUGGCCCCCCGGUAGCUGAAAAUGCAGAGGCUGGCUCUGAUUCGGAUGGCAAGCUGUGUUAUACCUUGAAGACCGAGGAAGAAGGCGAGAUUGGAGUUGGGAUGUGCGUUUGGUCUACAGGUUUGAUGAUGAACCCGUUCGUGCAAAAGCAAUCCGAUAUCUUACAUGGCAUACCACAAGAUGGCGUUGACUUGACCCACGUCGAUCUGAGAGAUGCUGAUAAGCUGGAUUGGAUACUGAAGAAACACCCACGUACCGGUGGUCUUGUCACAGAUAGGCGUCUUAGGCUUGUUCUUCAGCCUAAGGAGCGGCUGGAAGAGGAUUCGCGAGUAAACGAGGAAACGUCUCGAGCAGUAAUUCGAGAUGUAUACGCGUUGGGCGAUUGUGCUACAAUUGAAAACACGAUGUUUCCCGCGACAGCCCAGGUUGCUUCGCAAAAGGCUGAAUGGCUGGCGAAACGGCUCAACAAAGGCGACAUUGACAAACACUCUUUCCAGUUCAAGAACCUGGGAGUCAUGGCAUACCUCGGAAACUGGAAUGCAGCCUUUCAGCCCGGAAGUGGUGGUGAAAUCUCCGGCAGGGUAGCUUUCUUGAUCUGGAGAGGUGCGUACCUCACGAAAUCUGUCAGUCUACGGAACAAGAUUCUGAUUCCAACAUAUUAUCGUGUGCCUAUAAUGGGUGUUGCGGAUGAGCUAAAAGAGAGAGCGAAUGCAUUUGUGUCGGGUGUCUCCACUCCAGCCGGUCCCGGAAACUUUCUUGAUUCGCAUGCAAGCGCUCAGAAGACGUCUCGACCUGCAUUUAAGCACUGUGGAAUAUCAAUCUCGGACCAAUCAAGCCAGUCUGGCGGGUCGGGAAGCGAGGAAGAGUGUGAUUAUUCACGAGAUCAUUCAUCGACGCCACGCUACUCGGCUCUCAAUUCAAGCUCACAUUAUAUAACACCAAACCAGCCGCGGGCGGACAUACCUGACGACAAUCACAACGUACAUGGGGUGGACGAACCCAUUUUAGCGUCCAUCAAGGAAGCAUCCGACGACGACAUCCCACCCCAGCCUUUUCCACGCAGCGUUGCGGAUAAUUCUAAACGAUCUGUCGAGCGACACUCGAUAUCGUCGAGUAGCGGCCGACGCUAUGUGAGCAGCAGCAGCUCUCUUUCUCGGAGUCGGCCUUCCAACCUUCAACAACAGCUUAGCUCGCCGCCCAAUGUUUCUCUGCAAUCCCUCAUAUCAAGCCUGACGACCUCCAGUGGCUCUAGUGGUAACUCUACCGUUACGCAAAAAUCAUACGAUAAGCGUUCUAUUCGGCGGAAACGACCCGAAAAGAAUAGACGAUCGAAAAGCGACGACGUACUAGAACGGCGUACAAAUCGUUCGCGGAAAGAAACUUCUCAAGGAAACAAGACAAAAACGCCGCACGGGAAGAGCAAGUCACCUUCGAAGAUCAAGAUGGAAGAAGAAGAAGGACCAAUCAAGGCGAAUAUGUCCAGGCCCGGCUCAAGCGCAAGCCGUGGUUCGAGGAAGGAUUCCAUCUUCUCACCUCCAACCCCUUCAAGUAGACGUUCUUCAAUAUCUAAGUCUAGAGCAAGCAGUCGUAAUGAAUCAAGUGCACAGUGGAAACGACAAGACACGCUCAAUUUUGAUUCUGGUAUAUCCGUCACCAGCAGUCCGGAAGCGAGUGCUCCUUCGAAAGUGCUCGAGGAUGAGACCGUUGAUCACGAUGAUUCUGCUUUCGAUUCGUCCGACGAGGCAAGCGGCAGCGAUGCAGAGGCCGAGGAGCCACAUGAAUCGCCAUUGCCUUUCAUGGCACCGUCGCCCUCGGAGAACUUCUCAUUUACCCAAACUCAAGCUCUGCCUGACGCUGACCCAUAUGUACAACGGUUACAAGAGCAAGAGGCAGCCAUGCAGCAUCACAUUCUCCAUAGCCCACAACCAAAAAGGACGAUCAGACCGAAGGUCAGUUCUUCGUUUCACCCUAGCCCAGUUUUACCGUUGUACGAUCACCACGCAACCAGUGCCGUGCCGGCCGGACAUCCAAUCUCUUCCUCGUCAUCCAGCAUACCCCAUGGAGACCCGACGUACUUCCAAGCCUAUUAUGAAACUCACGACCAGCAUCUUCGCCCGUCGGGAAACCAUUUUCAAGUUGAUACACAGAGAACCACGAUUGCUGGCUACGAGAUGCUUGCAAAGAAGCUCUCUGAAUCGUCCGAUAGGGAUCCAUCAGCAGUUAAGCCGCUGUACCGCAGGUUUGAAGAGCUGAAUCACCGAGUGCUGCUACAUCUGCAAGACGAAAUUUCAGAGCUUGAGGAAGAGUUGCGCGCACUCGACGAAGUGAUUGCACAGAUGUCAUCACUCCCCGAUGACACGAUUCACCCGGCCUCAAGACGGAUCGAGGCUCGAUAUGGGUCCGAAGUGCACUUUCGACGAACACAGAUUUUGGGCAAGAUAUUUCUCAAGCUGCAGCAAUACAAUCAAGGGCUGACAACUUAUUCUGACGCAAAAAACAAGUAUACGCCCGCAGGUGAGUCGGAUAUCACCGCAUACCGAGCUUGGAUGGCCGAACACGUACCCAUAGAGCCAAACGAAGGAAAAUAUUUGGACCGCGGCGAUGAUCUUAUGUUUCCUGGAAAGCAACCAGCUGAGCAGGCCAAGUCGCCAACCAACCACGCGACCUAUUCGUCGGAGCUAACACUGCUUAUGACGAUGGAUCUCAUCAUGUUGGCGACACUACUGAUAGCGUUUAGCAUCGUCCCUGGGCCCGUGGCGAAAAUUCUACUUGGAGGAGUUCUGUUGUGCUGCCUCGCCGGCACACUGUGGUUUUCCAAGGAUAAAAGCAUUGGUCUACGGAGUAAAAAGGACGCAUAG